AUGAGAUACGCUUUGAGUUUUGCUUCUGAAUAUCUGAAGAACAUAUACGUGAACAGAACACGCCAAUCAAUUAAAACCGUUCAUGUCGUUUCUAGUGCACUUAAGGCUACUUCAACCUGGCACGGCAUGAGAACCCUUCAGGAAUGUCGAGAAGCUUGUGGCGGGCAAGGUUUAAAGACUGAAAACCAUGUCGGUCAUUUGAAAAGUGAGUUUGACGUGCAACUUACUUUUGAAGGUGAUAAUUAUGUUCUAAUGCAACAGAUUAGCAAGGCACUCCUCAAGGAGAUUUUGGUAGCCAAGAGAAGAAACAAACCAGUGAAAGGUUUGGGGCUUGCAAGGGCGGGCCCAAGCUCAGCUCAAGCCAUUAUCCCUUCUCACCUCACAAGCUCCGCUCUUCGGACAGCCCAGUUCCAGACCGACAUCUUCUACCUACGGGAGAGAGAUUUGUUGCAUCGUUUUGAGACCGAAGUCUCGCAACGCGAGGCUAGGGGAGAAAGCAUGGAACAUAUAUUUACAGUGACCUAUCAGAUCGCUGAGGAUUUGGGCAGAGCCUUCUCAGAUCGGUUAGUUCUACAAACAUUUCUUGACGUUGUAGCAACGGUUCCAGCUGGCUCUUUAAAGGAUGUAUUAGGUCUACUAAGAUCAAUGUACACGACAAUUGUGAUGGAAGAAGAUGCAUCGUUUCUUCGAUAUGGCUACUUAUCAACAGACAAUGCAGCUGUGGUUAGAAAAGAGGUUUUGAAACUGUGCAGUGAGGUAAGACCACAUGCACUUGCUUUGGUCACUUCUUUUGGAAUCCCGGAUGCUCUUUUGGGGCCAAUAGCUUUCAACUGGAUCGAUGCCAAUGCAUGGUCUUCGGUUAGCGACAAUGACACACUUAAAGACAAUGACACGGUGUUCUCAUUUUUUACAAAUAUGUUGUAA